UUUUUUUUUUCUCAUGAGAACUUUUGGGUGGAGAUAACUUUUCGUGUGAAAGCUGCCCUACCCAGGAAGUGAGAAGGAGAAAGUGAAAUUUGUUGGAAAGAGAGAGUCCUUGUUUUUCCGAAGUCUCAUCCAUUAAGCCGUAACUUCCAGCAAGAUUAAUGUCGCGCGUGGUGACAGCUGAGAAAAGAGGAAGAUUUCUUUCCAGGAGGAGACCCUCUCCCCUCUGGUGGACCUGCCCCUCCCGCAUGCAUGUGUGCUCCCUCAGCGGCGCGGGGUGCGGGGUUCUGUGCGUGGAGAUUCGGCUGGGACCCGAGUGAAUGGCCCCCAGGGGCUGCGCGGAGCCUCCGCCUCCGCCGCCUUCACAGGCCUGCUUCUGGCCUGCAAAGGUGCUGGCUAUGGGGGCGCUGGCGGGUUUCUGGGUCCUCAGCCUCCUCACCUAUGGUUACCUGUCUUGGGGCCAGAACUUAAAAGAGGAAGAGGAAGGGGCCUUACUAGGUCAAGCUGGAGAGAGACUAGAGUCCAUUACAACUGCCACCUCCCAGCCUCAUCUGAUUUUCAUUUUAGCGGAUGAUCAGGGAUUUAGAGAUGUGGGUUACCACGGAUCUGAGAUAAAAACGCCCACUCUUGACAAGCUCGCUGCGGAAGGAGUCAAACUGGAGAACUACUACGUCCAGCCGAUUUGCACACCUUCCAGGAGCCAAUUUAUUACUGGAAAAUAUCAGAUACACACGGGACUUCAACAUUCUAUUAUAAGACCUACUCAACCCAACUGUUUACCUCUGGACAAUGCAACCCUACCUCAGAAGCUGAAGGAGGUUGGCUAUUCCACACAUAUGGUUGGAAAAUGGCACUUGGGUUUUUACAAAAAAGAAUGCAUGCCCACCAAGAGAGGAUUUGAUACCUUUUUUGGUUCUCUUUUGGGAAGUGGAGAUUACUAUACACACUACAAAUGUGACAGUCCUGGGAUGUGUGGCUAUGACUUGUAUGAAAAUGACAAUGCUGCCUGGGACUACGACAAUGGCAUAUACUCCACACAGAUGUAUACUCAGAGAGUGCAGCAAAUCUUAGCUUCCCAUAACCCCACAAAGCCUAUAUUUUUAUAUAUUGCCUACCAAGCUGUCCACUCACCGCUGCAAGCCCCUGUCAGGUAUUUCGAACACUACCGAUCCAUUGUCAACAUCAACAGGCGGAGGUACGCUGCCAUGCUUUCCUGCUUAGAUGAAGCAAUCCACAACGUGACCCUGGCUCUGAAGGCGUAUGGUUUCUACAACAACAGCAUUAUCAUUUACUCUUCAGACAAUGGGGGCCAGCCCACAGCAGGAGGAAGUAACUGGCCCCUCAGAGGCAGCAAAGGAACCUAUUGGGAAGGGGGGAUCCGGGCGAUUGGCUUUGUGCACAGCCCACUUCUGAAGAACAAGGGAACGGUGUGUAAGGAACUCGUGCACAUCACGGACUGGUACCCCACUCUGAUCUCACUGGCGGAAGGGCAGAUUGAUGAGGAGGUUCAGUUAGAUGGCUACGACAUCUGGGAGACCAUCAGUGAAGGCCUUCGUUCACCCCGAGUAGACAUUUUGCACAACAUUGACCCCAUUUACACCAAGGCAAAGAACGGCUCGUUGGCAGCAGGCUACGGGAUCUGGAACACGGCGAUCCAGUCGGCCAUCAGGGUGCAGCACUGGAAACUGCUCACGGGAAACCCUGGCUACAGCGACUGGGUUCCCCCCCAGUCCUUCAGCAACCUGGGGCCCACCCGGUGGCACAACGAACGGAUCACCUUGUCCACCGGCAAAAGCGUGUGGCUUUUCAACAUCACGGCUGACCCCUACGAGAGGGUGGACCUGUCUCACAGGUAUCCCGGGAUCGUGAAGAAGCUCCUACGGAGGAUCUCCCAGUUCAACAAAACCGCAGUGCCCGUCAGGUAUCCCCCGAAAGACCCCAGAAGUAACCCGCGGCUCAACGGGGGAGUCUGGGGACCGUGGUACAAAGAAGAAAACAAGAAAAAGAAGCAAAGCAAGAACAAGGCUGUGAAAAAGCCAAAGAAAAACAAGAUAAAGAAGAAGAAACAGCGAAAAGCAAGCUCGUUUCCAAAUUGCCAUUCAGGAGUGACUCAUGGAUAAGCACAAGUAUUUCCGGUUGGGUUAAACUCAAAUCAGUUCUUAUCUUUCAUUGGCUUCCUGGGUGAGCCAGCGAACUGGGCUCCUAAGUCUCUCUGCGGUAGGGGUCAGGCUUGUUCUCAUGUUGGGCCACUCCGGAGACUCUGCCACCUGGCGGCCACAUGGAAAACUGCCCUGCUCAGUGCCAAAGGUUCUGCUUUUGGAUGCCACGCUCAGAAGAGAAAGAUGUUUAUUUCUUACUCUUUUACGAAAGGUGGUUGGUCAUGGGUUCACCAGCUGUGCUUCAGUGGAUUGACCAAACUCUAUACUUUAAAUUAUCAGAGGGAACUGUAUCCCGCAGUUGACGAGCAUGCUAAUUGGAUGGAAGUUACAGGGUAGCAUGAUUAAAACUACCUUUGAUAAAAUAUUGUCAGAGGUUGUGUCACCUCAAAGGCCUUGGAGAAUAUAUUUUCCUAGUGAAUUUUUGUAUCUCUGUAAUAUGACACUUGGAUUUUUAAAUUAAUUCUAUUUCACGUAUCAUUUCCUUUCCUGUGAAAAUAAGUUGCUUUUUCUCACCUGGGACAGCUCGCACCUCAUCUUAUCAUGUGUGAUGGAAUGUCAAUUAAGAAUGUUUGGGCACACUGCCACGGGUGAAUGUAACUAUUUUCUAAACAUUUUAAUAGAAUAACAUUUCAGUAAAAAAUACAUAAUUUAUUUUUACAGAAAAAUUUAAAUAUUUUGUUUGCAUAAAAAGGUAUGGAAAGGAUUUUUUCUUUUCUGCAUACCAUUAGAAUUGUUUUACAUUUCUUCAAAAUUACCAAGCACUGUAAUAGUAUAAAUUACUGUAAUACUGUAUUGAUGCAUAGACUAUAAAAAGAAUUCUGAAAACAUUAUCAUCAUUGUUAAGCCAUUAUGUUGAAUGUAAUAAGAUGAAUAUAUUCCUUACAAAUUACUUGGAAAUUCAAUGUUUGUGCAGAGCUAACUUUAUUGUUUCUAUCAUAAACUAUUUAUGUAUCUUAAUUAUUAAAAUGAUUUAUUUUAUGGUACU